AUACUAAAUUAUAUAUUUCCCGUUUAAUGUUGAAAUUUUUACCACAAGGUAUAAGUGGAACAUUAACGUGCUGGUAAAAAGUGUAGGAAAAUGCAUAGAAGGAUAAAACCAACGAAAUAAAGUAUCUACUGUACUGUUAUUUUCUUUUAUAAGAAGGCGUCAUAAUUAUGUUGGACAAGGUCAGCGGCAGUGAAGUGAAAAUAAAUUGAAUUUUUUUUUUUUUUUUUUUUUUUUUUUUUGAUAAAUCACACUCAAUACUUUCUUAUCAGAUUUUCAACUUAAAGUGUCAGGAUAACAGGUUUUUUAUUUUGUGACAGAAAACACAUACCGCAUUUAUUCUGCCAAAAUGAACAAUGUACUCUUGGGAGUUACAAAUAUCCAAAAAAAUUUGAUAGGUUCUUACAUUUUCUUACAUGCGUUCAAACAAAUCCCCAUGAAUGCAACAAUUAUCCAAAUACAUAAGAAAAUCGUAUCAGAGAUGUUUUAUCACGCACUGCAAGUGUCUUCGCUUGAAAGUUACGACAGAUAUCAUGUCUGAUAUACAAAAUUUAAUCAGUAUCUUAUGUGAUACCCGCACCUGUUUUUACUUUAAAUUUGUAAAGAGAGUAUAUUUUAGAAAGUGGUAUAUUUUAUAGGCGGGGUAUUAGGUUUCAAACAUUAAAUGGCCUCUUUCCCACAAAACAUAUUUGAGUUUUCUUUCAAUGGUAUCAAAUAAAACACUGGGAGAUUUGGUUCUCUUUAAGUGUAAUAUAUUACCUAUUAUGUGAUAGGAUAUUAUAUAUCGACUCGACUGGAUUUUGCUAUACCGGAUCCCAUUAGGCGCUUGCGCAGAAUGUGAUCCGACCUGACAAAAUCAUCGAGAGCAGAAUGCAUCAUUGCAGAUCAAGGUACGUACAAAAACUUGAUCAAAAAUUGCUUAACCGGAAAAGGAGCAUGAUAAAAAGGCAACAGCUUCUUUACCGAAAUACAUGCUCAAGAGUCUAUCCUGAGUGAAGAGUCCACCUGUCUUAAGACACCACAAUCUCAACUUCCCCUGUGCGGUCGCUUAGGACAGGUUUGACUGUAUAGAGUUAUUGAGCCUGUGCAGUGUAAGUCAGUUCAUCACAGUGAGUAAUUGUGUGCAGUUUCAAUUCAUUACCAAAAGUGGUUACUGAGAUAUCAGAUUACAUACAAGAACUUUACUUUACGUUUGAUUUAAUUUACAUACCCAGUUUUACCUCAUACGCCAAAAAAUACGUUGCUUCUGUACAAUGCAAAUGCAUAUCAAAAUAAUAAAUGGAAUAUUUUAAAUCUUUCUUUAAAGGUUAUACGGAUAUCAGUGUUCAUAACAGUAGCAGUAGUCAAGCAAUAGAGUUAACUGAUACAGCAAAUCCAACAUCUCAGAGUUUUAGCGCAGAAACUCGAGUAACUGUCAACAAUUCUGUAGGUGCAGGGAACAAUGCUGUUACUUCCAACCCUACUGUCAGCGACAAUGUGACACCCGCUACCUCAGAUAUCACUGGAGCUAUCGAAGGAGUAGUUGCUUUACGUAUGUUGCCAGUUUCUCUAAACCGGGGUACAGGGGAAGAGACAUUACAAGAAGAAAAUAAUAUCGAUUCUCUAGAUGGUUAUAACAGAAACAUUGGUGAUAUUGCAACUGGACAGUUAUUUGAGGUGAAUAAUGAAGCUAUCCAAAACUUCCGUAGUGAGGAAUAUAACAGAAACAGAAAUGAAUUUGGUUAUAACAGAAAUAUUGUUGAUAUUGCAACUGGACAGUUAUUUGAAGUGAAUGAUGAAACUAUCCAGAACUUCUGGAGUGAGGAAAAUAACAGAAACAGAAAUGAAUUGGUUGAGUAUGCAUGGUAUCCAGCAACAAUUGUUGAUCUAGGUGAUCCAGCAACGGGACGAAUAAGUCCUAUAGAUGAAAAUUUGAAUAGAUAGAUGAGUGGACCAACAUGACCUCAGACAUAUUCACACAACCAAUCUUCUUUCGGUAUUGGACACCUGAUUUAUUCAACUACCAAUAAUGCAUUUGUACGGUGUACGGUUCCUUAGUUGUAAUGCUAAAACGGAAUUAAAAUAUUUCUGGAAAACAGUACAGACCUAUAUCUAGAUAAUGUGUUCAAUAUUCAUAUAUCUAUACGUAUAAAUGUUAAUAAGCAUUAUGUUUAAAAAUGUGUUCAUUUGAUCUGCAAUACAUUUAAUCUAAAUCAGUAGUUAAUUUCAUAAUGCUUUCGGAAAUGAAAUGAUAUAAAUCUUAAUAAAGUCUUUACUGCCUCAUCUAAAUACGUUUUAUCAUUGCCCUUAACUUCAGUAAUGUGUUUUAAUGUUAACAAUGCAAAACGGAUAUAGAAGGGGUGCGCUUAUGCCUGUGUAAAAAUAAACUUUCUGUAUAAUCGCUCAAUAGAGUAUGUUUCAAAUAGCAACAGAUAUGGAUGGCAUUUUUUAAUUGUCAGCUUUGAUUUUUGUUAAAAAUCGAAUGAUUAAUAUUCCAUCCCCACCUUUGUUUAUUUUCCUUUUCUUUAUUUUUCUUUACUAAUUAACUCCGCCUUGCAACAAGCUGUUGCAGGUCAACGAGCAAUAUCGGCAGUUAUAUGUGAUUUUUUUUUAAAUUUUGAAUAUAUGUCUUCGGCGAGGUAUAUAUUUUUCAACAAAUACUGUAUUUCGUGUGACCUGAUGUUUAUCUGUCUGAUCUCUGUCGGAUCUGGUGAUCAAGUCAACCUGCUACGGUAUAUCUUAAUUAUGCGUUAUCUGUAGUUAACUAGAUUUCAAGUAUAUUCAUAAUUAUGCUGUUUUUCGGUUGGUCUGAUCUCGGUCCAGGUCUGUUAGUUAAAUCAGCCUCCACCAGUAUAUCCUAACUAGUCGUAAUAAGAAUUUUAAUUUUUAUGUUUACUUUACUAGUCAUCUGUUAGUGGGUCCCUUCUUGCAACCUCAACGCUGUACUUAUAUUAUUUACGGUUAAGGUUUAGGGGUAUAUGAUCAAAACACAGAGAUAUUUGAUAAACAAACAACAUCUUACCAAAAAUCUACCUGAGCAUUAUAUGUUCUGAAGUACUGUACCGUAUGAUGGAUACUUGAAAUAUUCUGAAAAAGUUUUCCCCCUUUAAAAAUUAAUGACAUUUGUAAAGAAAUAAAAAAACACAAUUAUUUAAACCUACGUUCCAGCUAGUUUUGUGAAAUGUCAGCACUGGGACGUUAUUUCAAAUUCAUCAAAAAGAAGAUAUGUAACAGUUUUUUUUAAAAUAGUGAGUUUUUAAAGGUGUUGAACUGUCCGAAAGUGUGGCUCGUUUAUGCAGUCCUUUUUACGGAAUUUAAUGUAUAUAUCAGUAUAUACUGACAAUUGUUUCGUAGAGUACAAUGCAUGUUUUAUAUGCUGUUCAAAUUACAUGUGAAACAACCUUUGUUGUUGUUGCUUUCUCAAAAUGUAUGGCUAAGCUACAAUGAUUUCGAAACAAAAUAAAAUAAUAUUAAUCUUA